AUGGACAGAGAGUGUGUGUCAGUCCUGCCCCGGGUGUGUGAGGUGCUGGCGGCCUCAGGAAGCUCUCUGCCCGAUGACACCAGCCUGGAAAAACUGCUGGACUGGUUCUCAGCUCAGACCAAGGCUGGCAUAGAUCUGCUGGAGGCCUGUCCCUGUCUGCUGGAGUUCAUAUCCACUGUGGUGUCCAACGACACCGCCUCUGACCCCGGCAUCCUGUCCUUCACGCUGAAACUCACCGGCUUAUUGGCCUCCACUGAGGACGGCUUUAAAGUUCUUCAGGGCUCGGUCUUGGACCUGGUCUUUGGCUCUCUUCGCUGGCAGGAAGCAGGACUCUGGGAGGAUCCAUGUUUCAGGAUCGGUUGGAUCCAGGGCUUGAGGACAAUGCUGCAGCACUCAAAGGCUUUCAGUUUCUUUGUUCAAGCAGACUUCACUGAACCUCUCCUCCAGCUUCAGACAGACACAAGCCUGUUUGUUGCUUCAGCUGCCAAUCAAAUGCUCGCUCACGUGCUGCUCUUCUGUCAGUCUGUCUCGCCGCCUGUGGGAUGUCACGACACACACCAACAAACUGGCUCGAAACUCUUAACCAUCCCCGUGGAAGCCGACCAGAAGUACAGCACCGUUGUCACGGAUGUUUGCGAGUACCUAAAGAGGUCGCUGGUUCCCAAAGAUACGUCCCAGCUUCAUCGGAGUCGACAGGUUCUCAAACUGCUGGCCCUGCUCUUGACCCAGGCUGGGCCUCCUCUGAAGGACAGACUGCUGCUGGCUGUCUCAGACAUUUUGGAGGAACUGGUGACGACAAACUACAGUCAACUCACGCUGCCUCUGAUGGACGUCAUUUUGGCUGCACACAGCAGCUGUGGAAGUGGCGAACACGUUCCAGACAAACGCGUCGCUUGUCUUCUGUCCUCCAUGUUGAACGUGAGGAAACCUGCUGAUCUCGUUCACGCCGCAGCAGCUUUCCUCCGCAGUGGCCAUCGCGAUCGUGAGCACCGAGCUCAGUGCGCAGGAGUCCUGCUGUUGCCUCUUGACGUCAUAACCGGCUUCACUUUGCUGAGGACAAACAGCACAGCGGAUCAGCUCCGGUUUUCAGUCAUGGAGCAGCUCAAGAGUAAAACCUCCUGUGUCUCCAUGAUUUGUGUCAGUCUAACAAAUCUACCACAGGUAACACGCACAGGAGAGCAAGAAGAGCUAGAUUUCCAAGCCUCUUAUUUUUCUCCCUCCCCCCCUCAGGCUCCUGACUGCCUCCCCUGUUCUCCGGAUGAAAUAGUUGCGGCGGUUUUGUCCUUACUGAAGCUGUGCAGCGGGGACUUCUCUCCCUCGUCUUCUGGCUGUGCUCAAGUGUUCAGGAGUGUCACCGGCAGCGGCAGAGUCCAGAAGUGUGCUCUAGAUGCUCUGUCAGCUCUCAGCAGCAGCUCAGGAAUACGUGUCAUGCUGGUUGAGGUGUUCACACUUCUGAUCCAGUAUCUGAACAGUCCUGCUUCUGAUCCCACAGUGAUUCAGAAGUCGUACCAGGUUCUAAUAAAAUGGAUCAGUGUUUGUUCAAACCUCUCUGAUGUAACAGACCAGAUCAGAACAGAUCUCCUUCAGGUGGUGAGGAAGCGUGUGUGUGACGUGCGUUGGGAGGUGAGAGACUCGACCGUGGAGUUUCUGGGACACCUCGCCGCGGUGGGCGCCUCUCAGACGUCAGCCUAUCAGGAGGCAUGUGAGUUUCUGCUGGGCGGCCGCUGCGUUACCGUUCCUCUCCUCCAGGAGGCGCUGCAGGACCCUGAGAGUUACGUGAGAGCCAGCUCCGUCUCUGCUCUGGCGCUGACUCUGGCUCACAGCUGGCACCGGGGCGCAGGGCUCGCCCGAGAGGAGGCUGACAUCGUGACCCGGCUGCUUGAGAUUCUCUCCCAGGACACAGAGGGGUUUUCCAGGAGGGCAGUUGUUCAAUUCUUCAUCGCCUGGUUCUCCUCGUGCUCCUCGCCAUCCUCCUGCUCGCUCCUCGCGCAGUCCGUCCCCGCCGUCCUUUCGCGGGGCAUGGCGGACCUGGACUGGGAGGUCAAAGUUCACACGCUGGAGCUGGCUGAGCUACUGCUGAACCGAGCCUCAGAAAGUCGUCGCCACCCCUACGCCGUGACGUCAAACUGCAGUUUUGAACGUCCCUCGCACACCGAGAUGCACACUCAAACUGAGCAGUCCGACUCGGUCACCAUGUUGAACAGUUUGGUGGAUCAGGGAGUUUUCUCAUCCCUGUUGAGUGGCCUGGUUGACUGUGACAGACCCGUUGGACUCAAGGCCUGUCAGCUGCUGAUAAGACUCAGAGACACAGUUUGUCCUCUGUUGCUAGGAGACCAGGAUGCAUGUGAUGCCCUGCUAACAGACAGCAGAGCGUCCUGUGAACUGCCAGGCUGUGGUUGGGCCCGGGAGGUGAGAAGAAUGCUGAGAACCACCGCCGCUAUGAGCAGCUGUGACGGUGCUGAUGGGCCCAGUUCUGAAGACUGCUGUGAGAAGGAGGAGGAAGAUGACACUGUGCGGGUCGAGGUGUGCAAGGCGUUGAGGCGUCUGGGGUUAGACGAGAGGCUGGCCGUACUGACUCAAAGCAGCGACCACGUUCACAACUCUCCCCUCUCCUUGCUGCAGGACAUACUGACUGCAAGCAGAACCAACACUCAUCUGGACUCACAGGAGGUCAUAGUGGACUGUUACUGACACACACACACAAACAGCGAGGCGUUCAGAGUGAUGGGUGUGAAA